UAAUACCAUACAAAUCCAGUGGAAAAGUUUCCCAUAAUACAGUAUAUUGUUUCCAUAAUGUUAAUGAGUACUGCAUUUAUGUACCAUUUUCUAUUCGUUACCCUACACAAUUCCAAUGAUAAAUGGUAAAAGGUGGCUAUUUUAGCUCGCUCCUUAUGUUUCUUUAUGCCUACAGGGCCCGGGCCUGGGCGUUAUGCUCUUCCACCCACUAUUGGUUACAUUAACCAUGACUACACCAAGCCCAGCAGCCCAGCCUAUUCCUUUCAUAGCCGCAUGAGCAGAAACAUGGUGUCUGUAGACUCCAGUCCAGGGCCUCAGUAUCAUAUAGAUGCCAAAAUGACCCGCUUUGGAAGAGACGGUACCCCUUCAUACUCCAUGCUUGGUAGAAAAAAGAAGACAGCGGAGACAUUCCAGACUCCUGGACCAGGAGCGUACAGUCCUGAGAAAGCUCCACCUUUGAACUUUCACCAUAGACCUCCAUCUUACACCAUGGCCUUCCGCACACACUACCGCAGUGUGGAUGCUGUACCCGCCCCCAACCGCUACACCUUACCUAACCUCACUGGUGCCCACGUUCCCCACAAAUCCUCUAGUGCCAGUUUCAGCAUAUCAGCACGAAGGAAAGCAGGCGGUCCAUCAGAGGACCUGUCCAUGACCCCAGGACCUGGCCGGUACAACAGCACAGACCCUAGUGUUUACCUGAACAGACAGCCAUCUUUCUCCAUGCAAAGCCGUCAUAAUAUUCCCACCGUUGCCACUCGGAAUCCUGGCCCGGGCACACAUUGCCCAGAGAAGGUGACGGCACACCUGCCUCGUGCACCAUCUUUCUCUCUGGGUAUACGCCACUCUGAGUUUGUAACACCGCUGAUUGUCGACCAAGCAGAUUGAAGGGUUUCAUGCAGUGUUUUAUAGGCGUUCCUACAAUGUACAGGAUUCUGCAAGGGAAAAUAGGAUUUGGGUAUUUACAUGUAAACACAUUAUGCUAAGCACUAAAAUCUAAAACAGUGUAAGGUAAAAGUCACAAUCUUCAUCACCUCAUACCUGGUGUUGUGCAAUGAGAUAUUGCAUUUUGCAAGCAGAACAUCCAGUUUCUAGUGGAUAAGGAAACCUAUUCAGUUUUACAAACACUCUUUGCAUUGGUUUAAAACUUUAUAUUAGACAACAUUAACAACACAUUAUUUAACUCACCAUUCAUACUAGAUCAUUUAUUCCCUCUUUUUGACUUUCAUUCACAUAAUUUUUUUUCUUUAAUUCUUCUCUUGAAUUGGUUAGUCAUAAUAUUAAUAAAUACCACUAAAAUGCUUUUCAAAUUCUCUCCCUUUGAGCACAUUGCUUUAAACUACUAUGCAAAAAAUCUGUUUUCACUUUUUUUCUAAAGUGAUUUUGAAAUUAAACCUGCAUGGCAAAACACCCUGCCCAAAUAAAACUUUGUUGCUAGAACUGAAACUGGCAUUAAAAAUUAUUUCUUUUGCUGCUUGAAAAUGUGUGAUCUUUAUUGUUUCACAAACCAAUUAAAAUAGCAGUGUGAUAAUAAAAUGAAAGAUAGCCAGCUUUAAAAAUAUCAGAAAUGCUUACAAGCUUUAAAUCUCGAUGCAAAACUGAUUGCAAAAUGGGUUGCUGGACUGUAAGCCAAUGAUGGCUUACAGUUCAUUCAAUGAUAUGUAAAUACAACAAACAUUAUAUUGACUUUGAAAGGCACUUUUUGUAUUGUCUUUUCAGUUAUUUACUUGUCUGACACAAUAAUGUAGGUUACAGUCUUUGAAUUAUUUUCAUUUGGGUGCUUUUCUCAGCAAAUAUUGACAUACACGAUUAAUUUGAUUAAAAAAUCAAAAUAUAAUGUAAUUAUUUCAAUGAAAUGUUUUAAAGAAAUAGUUCACCAAAAAAUGAAAACUGUGUAUGACUUUCAUUCGUCUGCUGAACACAAGUGAAGAUUUUCUCAGCUCUGUAGGUCCAUACAAUGCAAGUGAAUGGGUGCCAACAUUUUGAAGCUCCAAAAUGCACAUAAGGGCAACAACAAACAGAUAAAUAUUUGUCCUUUUUUUCUUUUUUUUUUUAACCAUAAAUUCUACUCCCUGCUCAGUCAAUCUCCACUUUCACUUUUACAUUCUCCUUCUUCUGUUCUUCUGGUGAUUCACAUUCCUCAUGCAUAUCUCCCCCUGUUGGGCAGGGAGGAGCAUUUAUGAUAAACA